UUCUACCAACACAUUAAGUGCCCCACAAGAGGAGAAAACACUCUCGAUCAUGUGUACUCCUACAUGAAGCACGGUUACAGAGCGAUACCCCUCCACCACUUCAGGAAAUCCGACUAUCGCUCCAUGCUGUUCAUCUACGCAGAUCCAGAUCAUUCACAAAAUCUGUUACAACCUAGCCUGAGGAUACUCUCAGUGCACUGCAGGGCUCUUUCCAACACACCGACUGGGACCUACUUGAACUGUGGAAACACACACAGCGAAAGUACUGGACUACACACUGUUCUGUAUGGGAACUGUGUCUAUCAACAAAAGCGUCCGGGUUUUUCCAAACCAGAAGCCCUGGAUGACCAGCCAGGUCCGCUUACUCCUCAAAUCCCGCAAUGCAGCCUUCACGUCGGGACACAAAGCUCUCUACAACUUGAGCUCAGGAGCUUCUUUGCUCAUUUUGAAUCACCACAACGACAUUUAUUUGCUCCUGCGCUGCUCCCACCUCCAUCAGGCUCCAUAACCCCCUCGGUCACUGUGAAGGAGCAAAAUGCUCGGCAUGUGUUCCUGGCCGUAAACCCCAGGAAAUCUGCAGGUCCUGACUGA